AUGAAAAGUAAAGACCUUCAAAAACUCGUACUUUCAAAGUACGAAAAUGGUGAUGGACCGACAAAGAUUUUUCGAGAUCUCAACGGUGCCAUUAGUCUUCAGACAAUAGAACGGUGGUGCAAAAGCAUUCGUGAUACGGGCUGUAUCAAUUUAUCAACGUCACCCGGUCGUCCGAGAACAAUCCGAACCAAAGCAGCCAUCCGAAAGAUCAAAAACCGAGUGGAACGUCGAAGAUCUGUAUCCUCUCGAAAAAUAGCCCGUGAAUUGGGUAUUUCUCGAACAAGUAUUCGGAGAAUACUCAAAAAUGAUCUAGAACUUCAGGCAUAUAAGAUACAAAAAGAACCAUUGCUCACUGAUGAGCAUAAAGAAAAAAGAAUAAAGUUUGCAAAUUGGAUACGAACAAAUUUCCGAAAAGAAGACACUAUGAAUAUUCUGUUUUCAGACGAGAAAAUGUUCGACAUUGAUGGAGUCUAUAACUCUCAAAACGACAGAAUAUGGGCGGCUAAUCGUUCAGAAGCCGAUAUCAACGGUGGUAUUCGGCAAAAACGAAAAUUUCCGCAAAAAGUUAUGGUUUGGCUUGGAGUUUGUUCUAAAGGUGUAUCACCUUUAGUGAUUUUCGAGAAUGGGACAGUCAAUCAUGAAAGGUACAUAAAGGAGGUGCUUCCAAUUGCUCUCAAGUUUGGCAACGACACGUUUGGGAAUGAUUGGACCUUCCAACAAGAUGGUGCAAAGCCACACACCCAUGCAAAAUCACAAGAAUGGUGUGCCGAACACUUUCCAUCAUUCAUUGGUGCGAACGAUUGGCCUCCGAACAGUCCUGAUUUGAACCCAUUGGAUUACUGCAUUUGGAACGAAUUUGCUCAACUGAUCAACUGGGAUGCAGUGACAUCUAAAAGAACUCUAAUCACCGCUUUGAAACGUGCUGUUCGUAAAAUUUCUCAAGAUGUUGUCUUUGAAAGUUGCUCAUCUUGGACUAAUCGAUUAUAUCGAUUGUCUCAAAAUAGAGGAAAUUACUUGAGAUAA